GGUGAUCAUGAUUAUAAAUAACUGGGCAAAGAGGCCUAUGUUCAAGACUUAAGAAGUUGCUAUUAUUAGUCAAUCUCUCAUUUUCGCCGAUCUCUAAAACUAUUGGCAUUGUUUCGACCAAUGAUACUUUCACUCUUUUCUUGGUUUUUCAUGUUACUUCUUGCAAUAAUUUUCUUGCAGAUUAAUGUGGGUUUGGCUUUUGGUCACUGUCAAAGCGACCAACAGGAAUUGUUGCUUCAAUUGAAGAACAGGCUCCGCUUCAAUCCUGAUGUAUCUCUCAAAUUGGUGAAGUGGAAUCAAAGCCUAGAUUGCUGCAUGUGGGAAGGUGUAACGUGUGAUGUUAGGGGUCGUGUUAUUGAUCUUGAUUUGAGCAAUGAACGGAUUUUCGAUGGAAUUGACAAAUCAAGCAGUCUCUUCAAUCUCCAGCAUCUCCAGAGUCUAAAUUUGGCAAACAACAGCUUCAGCUUCAUCGCUCCUUCCCAGUUUGAUAAACUUUCAAACCUGAGGCAUCUUAACCUCUCAAAUGCUGGCUUCUAUGGGCAAAUUCCGCUUGAGAUUUCAAGGCUGACGAGCUUGGUUACUCUUGAUUUAUCUACCAAUUUCCAUCUUGAAUUGAAACUUGAGAACCCAAAUCUAGUUAUGCUUGUUCAGAAUCUCAAGGAGCUAAGGCAUCUUUAUCUUGAUGGGAUAAAUAUAUCAACACCGGGGAAGGAGUGGUGCCAGGCGUUGUCCUCUUUGUCUAACUUGAAAGUAUUGAGCAUGUCAAACUGUCAUCUUUCAAGCUCCAUCGAUUCUUCCCUUUCCAAGCUUCAGUCUCUUUCAGUAAUUCGUUUGGAUGGAAACAAUCUGUUUGGUCCAUUUCCAGAGAAAAUUUUCCAGGUUCGUACACUAAAAACUCUUGACUUGUCAGGAAACCCACUUCUUGAAGGAUCUCUCAUAGAAUUUCUUCCCACUUCAUCUCUUGAGACCUUGCUACUCAACGGAACACAUUUUGGGGGGACUUUACCAAAAUCUAUUGGAAACCUGGGGAGGCUAUCAAGGAUAGACCUUGCAGGAUGCCAUUUCAAUGGAACAAUUCCAGAAGCAAUGGCAAAUCUCACACAACUUGUCUUACUAGAUUUUUCGUCCAACAAUUUUUCUGGUCCAAUCCCGUCUUUUUCAUUAGCCAAAAAUCUUACCCACCUAAAUCUAGCCCACAAUCAAUUAACUGGUUCAAUUCUCUCUAUUGAAUGGUCAAGCCUUUCCAAGCUUGUGAUUAUUGAUUUGAGAGACAAUGCACUAAAUGGAACCCUCCCUGCAACUUUGUUUGGCAUUCCAUCUUUGCAAAGUUUAGUGCUCUCUCAAAAUCAGUUCACUGGUGGAUUGCAUGAACCCCCAGAAUUAGCUUCCACUGCAUUGCACUCCCUUGAGUUGGAUAACAAUAUGUUGGUUGGACCUUUCCCAAUGAAUCUCUCUACUCUUGAUCUCUCAUUCAAUAGCUUGUCCAUCAAUGCAACCAUUUCCGAUCCUGUUUCUGUUUCCCAAAUUCAGACAUUAAAAUUGGCCUCUUGCAAGCUGAAAAGAUUCCCAAAUUUCCUGGAGGAGCAACCCAAACUAUCAAUUUUAGAUCUUUCAGCCAACCAGAUUGAUGGGGAAAUACCUAACUGGGUUUGGACUAGUUUGUCUCUUGAUUACUUAAAUCUUUCUCACAACUCUCUGGUGAAUUCACAAGGACCUUGCAGGCUCCGAGUUCUUCUUUAUUACUCGAGCAACAACUUCAACUCUACCAUACAAUUCUACAGUAGCUCAAGUACCAUUUCCUUCAUCCUUCUUUCCAAUAACAGCCUCCGAGGAAGUAUUCCUGAAUCAAUUUGCGGUGCUGCAAAUCUUCAAGUCCUUGAUUUGUCGAAUAAUUACCUGAAUGGCAGUAUUCCUCAAUGCUUAAAUGAGAUGGAGUCUCUUAAGGUGUUGGGCCUGAGUAGAAAUAACCUCAACGGCAACAUCUCUGAUAAAUUUUCAAGUAAUUGUUUACUACAAACACUAAACCUCGAUGGAAACCACUUAGAAGGGAAGGUUCCUAGAUCUCUAGCCAACUGUGCAAUGUUGGAGGUCCUAGACCUUGGGAACAACCAGAUCAAUUAUACUUUUCCAUGCCAUUUGAAGAACAUGUCUAAUUUGCGAGUCUUGACCUGGAAGGCAAUGAUGGUUGCUUCGGAUGAGCUCAAAGUCCUUGUUUUGGAGGAUAAUGUUCGUUUGGACCUUGAUCAUAGCUAUGGAAUCUCUAAAAGAUGUUAUGGUAAUCAUUUCACAAGAAAACCCGGACUUUGCAGGGAUUCUGAAGGAUGUUAUGGUUCAACAAGAAAUACCCAAAUUUGCAGGGGUUCUGAAGGAUGUUAUGGUUCAACAAGAAAUGCCCAAAUUUACAAGGCCUUACAUGGGUAUGAUGCUUUGAGGAGCGAUGUGGAAAGUGGUAACAACAAUUUCUCUCAAGGAAUCUAUUAUCAAUAUGCGGCUUCAAUUACCAUUAAAGGUUGUGAGACGCGGUUGGUGAAAAUCAUAAGUCUCUUAAUCUCCAUUGAUUUUUCAUGUAACAAGUUUGAAGGGCAAAUACCAGAGGUUUUGGGGGAGUUUAGGGCACUCUAUGCCCUCAACUUGUCACAUAAUGGUUUCACAGGUCUAAUUCCUUCAUCUCUAGGAAACUUGCUACAUCUUGAGUCUUUGGACUUUUCUAGUAACAACCUAAAUGGUGAAAUUCCUCAGCAAUUGGAUAAUCUUAAUUUCCUUGCAGUCCUUAAUCUCUCACACAAUCAACUUGAAGGAAGAAUCCCAAGUGGAAGGCAGCUUCAAACAUUUUCAGAAGAUUCAUUUAGAGAUAACAAGGGAUUAUGUGGGAUGCCCUUGAAGGAAAAUUGCAGUCUUAAUGUAUUGCCACCAUCCAAAGACAAACAUUUAGACAUGGAAGGCAUAUUGACUGGAACUUCCUAAGCAUUGAAUUGGGAUUUGUUUUUGGCUUAGGAAUUGUCAUUCUACCACUUAUGUUAUGCAAGAGAUGGAGGAUGUGGUAUUGCAAACAUGCUGAUGGUCUUCUUUCCAGGUUCUUCCCUCUAUUGAAUCAAAGAAGAAGAAGUCGUGGAAGGGGAGCUUCUAGGAGCUCCAGAACAUAGUUGAGGAGCAAGCAGCGGUGAGGAUCAUUGGGAGCACUACUCUUUAAACUUUAAUCUGUGUUAUAUGCUUACAUUUUUCAAUAUCAGAACUUGACCUUCUUACGCAGUUACAUGCGAUUCAUGUCUUAUGUUGUGUGAUUCAUGUCUUAUGUUGUAUUGAUAUGUUGUAUUAUUAUGUGUUUGGCUAAGGAUAUGUCUUGUUAAAAACUAUUUUACUAUUUGGUAAUUAUUUUGUCAAUGGUGAAUGUAUUAUUGUUAAUUUUAAUUUUUGAUAAUAAUAAUAAUGAUAGUAA